UGUUCCUCCACUUACUGCAAGUUUUAUUUAAUAACCAUUAAAUUAUAUUAAUUUACUACACUUAUCUGACUGAAAAUCGAAGCUUUCAACCCGUCAUUUCAAAUUUACCCACAUCAACGAGGGAAAAGUACUCGGCAAAGGCAGAAAGACCGUUCCACGCAUGUGCAUGUCAACCACUACACCUCUAAUGCUUUCUCGAUUUACUCUACCCACUGUUUAUAUUACUCCCGUCAAACCCGGCUGCAAUAAUAACAAAUCUAUUUUUGUGUCAGUCGAAGAAAAAGUUGUGAUAGAUGAGAAAAUGUUCAUAAUUCCGUUGUUACGUUGAAUAAUAAUAUUUCCAAACCAGGAAUUGUGUCGAAAAGCAGCCCUCAAUCUAAUAAAAAAAUGCUUCCCGAGACGCUCGUUUUUGGAAUCGCGUUACUGAUCACGGGCGUGAUCCUAUUUCUACUAAUCUACUUUGUAAUCAUUCUCUCCGAUCUGGAAUGUGACUAUCUCAAUGCGCAGCAGUGCUGUACCAAGUUGAAUUUCUGGGUCGUACCGAGGAUUUCGGCCCAUUGCUUUCUAGCGAUUAUUUUGCUCAUGAAUGGAAGCUGGCUUCUGUUCAUAGCCAACAUGCCGAUGAUUGGAUGGCAGGUCUACGAUCUGAUGAAGGUACCCACCGGAAAUCUAGGAAUCUACGAUCCGGCCGAGAUUCACAACCGGGGCAUGGUGAAGAAGCAUAUGCGGGAUACGAUGAUCAGUCUGGGUUUCUACAUGAUCAUUUUCUUCGUGUAUCUGUAUUGUAUGAUUAUUGCCAUGCUAAAAGGAGACCCAAUCAGACGACAUGAGGAGGAAGAGAUUAUUACGGAGUUCUAGCCCAUGGUGCACCAGCUGAGUCAGAUGACUCAGAAGCGAUUCGGACUCUAGACCUGUGCGGUUCUUCUUGUUAGUAGCAUCAAAAUGCAUUUCAUUUUCUGAUAUUUAUUUUCCUGUAUCAUUUCUUCAUGUUGAAUACACUGUCUUGUAUAUCUACGGCUAGUAGAUUUAUAUCUUAAAGUAGAUCUCUAUAAAACUAUUCAAGUGUAGUAACCUAGUAAUGCAUAUACAUAUAAUAGGACAACUCGAGACAAAUACCGAUCCAGAAUGAUUCAAGCCAAAGUGUAACAAAUUUCAAGCGAUUAAAACAUAUUCUGAGAUAUAUAAACGAUAUUUUAUUCGCGACUCGAAGAUUCCUAUUGGAUUCCGUCAUGUUGUGCAACCAAAAAAGUG